AUGAAGGAGCAUCCGGACUACAAGUAUCGUCCACGGCGCAAGCCCAAGACGAUGGUGCAGAAAAAAACCGACACUGGUACGGUGUCCGGAAAACCGGUGCCGUACUCGGUGCGCGACUUGUUGCCGCAACACGAAUCGUCGGCCGCGGGCGCCGGUAACGGGUCUGCCACGGUGUCAACAGCCGGAUCGAUGGUGCAUAUGUCGACGGCCAGUGAACAUCAGUCGGCCGCCACCGCUGUGGCCGUGGCCAAGUUCCCUCGCGCCUACUUCUCGCCUUACCAACACCACCACUACCCGUCCUCGUUCUACCAGCAGGUGGCAAAGGACUUGUCAACGGUGGCCGGCAAUGGUGGCACAGGCACUGAAGCAGCCGCCGCGGGCAAGGCCGUCCACGACCUGGCGCUGCACGCGCUCUACGGUAGCUCUCUGUACUCUCGGGCCGUGUCGCUGGCUACCGGGUGGCCGAUGAUGGCCGCGGCGAACUCGACGGUGGCCGGCUCCAACGGCGGCUGUCCUGUCAACUGCGCCGAGUGCGGUCAGCACGCGGAACGUCCGUCCCAAUCGUCGCUGCAGCCACUGCCACCGCCACCUCCCAGGCCGGCGCACGAGUCGUCCACGUCGUCUUCCACGCCGUCGCCACCCGCCCAGCUUCCGCCGCCACCACUACUGUCAACUUCCGCUGCCGUCAUCAAGCGGCCCAUCGCUCUGCUUGUCAAGCCGGAUCGCGUCGGGUCGGCUGGACUACAUGCGCAACAUGUCAUAUGA